UCCCUCCUUUUUCUACUUCUUCCCUUCACAUUAAUAACUGUCUAGGAAUCAUCGUUGUCGACCACACGUGCCAGCCUGUGCGAUUCCAAGGACGCCGCUUUUCACAGUAUAUUGCAGCUUCAUAUCAAGUCUGCUGCAAGACAACAAGCAAGGGCAUGCAAAAGAAACGUCAGUGAGGAGAAUGACAACAGAAGACCAGAUAACAGCAAAGGAGGUAUGAGAAAGAGACUAAAAUAAGAGGAGGUAGUAGAACUCCAAAGUGCCUACUGCGAGGGGUUGUCUGCUGCUGUUGAGCUGCUGUCUGACUCUGUUGGAUGAGAGCAGGACGGGGCAGUGUGUUUGGCCUUGAAUGGAGGCUAUAUUUUAUCCUGACAGCCACAGAGUCAUCCAUCCCACGUUGCUGAGCUGCAGUCCCCACAUACUCUGAGCUGAGCCGCCACCUCGUCUCAUCAGUGCAAGGACACCAUCCCUAUAAGGUUCUCCUUUUUUGUUGUUUUACUGAAAUCUUCUUUUUCAGACUCUUCAAACAUAACUAGCACUACAGUGACUGCCCCAGCUUUGGCCAUGUUGACGUGAAUGUAACAUAUGGUGGGUGCCAGUUUAUCCAGGUGAAGGCACAGACGCUCGGCAACAUAUCCAAGCAUGCCAGAGUGAUGUCCUCAGAAUAGUUUCUCUUUGUUUUGUUUUUUAUUCUUCGAGACAGAGCUGGCCUCUGCUCCCAUUCAACCCCCUCUAUCUCACCCCAGCGAAACUUCAGCUGCCACUUUUCCCAGGAAGAACUAAUAAACAACCCCCUUAAAAUACGCCAACCAAAAGGACUCGCUGCCUAUUUGAGCUGAGGACAGACAGAAAAUAUUUUUGCUUCUGUUUCCUCUGUGUUUUGCUGGGGAUUUUUAUUGUUGCCUCACUAUUAGUCACCCUUGCUCUCAGACAGUUUUCCACCCAUCUGCCCACACGCUGCUCAGUGCUCGUGAGCGAGUCUGAUGGCUGUUAGCAUGUCCAUGGGACGGGACACCAAAUGGCUGACCCUGGAAGUGUGUCGUGAGUUUCAGAGAGGCACCUGCUCUCGGUCUGAUGCUGAGUGCAAGUUUGCCCACCCCUCCCGGAGCUGCCAUGUGGAGAAUGGCCGAGUCAUCGCCUGCUUUGACUCACUCAAGGGGCGCUGCACACGUGAGAACUGUAAAUACCUGCACCCACCUCCACACCUAAAAACCCAGCUGGAGAUUAAUGGGAGGAACAACCUGAUCCAGCAGAAGGCCACGGCAGCCAUGUUGGCUCAACAAAUGCAGUUUAUGCUGCCCGGAACACAGUUGCAGCCCAUAACAACAUUCCCAGUGACGCCCUCCUUGGCAACGAGUCCCAAUAUGGCGUUCAGUCCAUAUCUGAGCCACAUGGGCCCAGGCAUGGGCCUGAUGCCUGAGCUGCUGCCCAGUACUCCCCUGCUGGUCCCUGGGAGUCCCACCGGCUUGGCAGCCAUGGGCAACGGCACCUCCGCACAAAAACAUGUGCGCACAGACAAGCUGGAGGUUUGUCGAGAAUUCCAGCGUGGUAACUGCACACGGGGUGAGAGCGACUGCCGUUACGCUCACCCCCUGGAGGCUGGCAUGGUGGACUGCAGCGAGAACUCGGUCAUUGUCUGCAUGGACUACAUUAAAGGCCGCUGCAGCCGAGACAAGUGCAAGUACUUCCAUCCCCCGGCUCACCUGCAGGCCAGGAUCAAGGCUGCACAGCACCAAGCCAGUCAAAACACAGCGUCCACAGCCUUGGGUCUGCCUCCAGGUGCCAUGCAGCCGCUACAAAAGAGGCAGAUCUUAGACAAGAGCAACGGAGCUGCUGCCGCUGUCUUUAACCCCAGCAUGUUCCACUACCAGCAAGCCCUGGCUAACAUGCAGCUCCAGCAAACAGCCUUCAUCCCCACUGUUCCCAUGAUGCACGGUGCCGCCACCUCCACUGUUUCGUCGGCUUCGACCCCAGUCACCAAUGUUCCUUUCGCUGAAUCUGCCGCCUCGAAUCAGUAGACCCCUCAGAGCUUCUCACCCCCGAUCCAGUGGAGCUCCAAUGCGUUCCAAUGGAAACCCAUUUCUGUCCCGUCCCCAAACUGCUGAUGGCGGCUCCAAUGGCGCUAAACUCAGUAAGCCUUUCCCGAAAUCCCAGUUAAAGUCCCUAAAACCUGCACGCUACUGGGGCAGUCAUCCUCCUGAAUGCAGCAAACAUGUGCCUCACCUACAGUGCACACUGACUGAGUGGCAAUGUGAAACUUCUUAUACGAUGUUAUGAAAGUAAGAAAGCUGUGAUGGUUUCACGCAAUACAAGCCUGGACGUAUUACUGUUGCUUUAAAGCAGCCAUCCUGAUGCAUAGUGACUUGAUCAGGCUGAGCAAUAGAGCUCCCUCGUUCUUACAGCCAUACAUGCCCACACCUUAAAAGCGCAACAGAUGUGCACACAAACACACACACACACACAUUUAAGACUAAAUACCCUUUAUGGGUUGGAGCCAUCUUAUGAGGCGACCCAACACAUUUGACUGUUCCAAAGUCAGAAACUCUGAAAAGCUAAUUCUGGAAAUUCAGACCACUGGAGCGGGAUACGGACCUGCCUCUGGUCUACAACCAUAAUAUGUUGUCACAAUGAAGAGUGUUUCAUAUCAUGUCAUGUUUACGUUUCAAGAUGGCUACAAAUGUAACAUGUGUGUUGUACCAUGUGGUACAUUCAAUUUGUUCUCAUGGUCUCAUCUUUGCCCAAUGAAACGUAGAUGAGUUGUUGUUCAUUUGUUUGUGCCUUUGAUUGUUUGCUCAGCUGCAGAGGAGACUUAGUUUCCCAAAAGAAUUCAAGACACUUGACAGCAAAUAUUGACAGACAUUGUUAUUUGCAAUUAAUGGCAUUAUCUGUGAGAAAAAAAUACAGCGUAUUUGCCCAUGGCUCCUAUUGUAAAGAAAGGGUACUUGUCUAAAAACUGAAUAGGAAGGUUUUUUUGCCUGCAACUAACAAUUAUUUUCAUUGUCGAUUAAUCUGUUCAUUAUUUUCUUGAUUAAUCGAUUAGUUGUUUGGUAUAUAAAAUGUCAGAAAAUGGUGAAAAAUGUCAAUUUCCCAAAGAAUAAGAUGACGUCGAAGAUAUUCAGUUUACUGUCAAAGAGAAGUAAAAAAAAAUUAGAAAAUGUUCACAUUUAAAAAGCUGGAAUCUUUAACUGAUUAUCAAAAUAGUUUGCGAUUAAUUUAAUAGUUGACAACUAAUCGAUUAAUCUUUGCAGCUGUAGAUUUUUGUCCUGUUUCCUCCAUGAUUUGAUAUCCAAACAUGGCAAUCUACAGGCGUCGUCAUGUUCACUUCUUAUCUCAACAACAAGUCCUGGCCUCAGCCACAAACCCUGAUUUCUUGUGUUCAACUCACCUGAAAUCACAAUAAAGAUGAACCGAUUUAUUCUGAUAUUUCUAUCUUAUUGGCGUGUCUUAAACUGUCACACCUGAUGUCAGAGCUAUUGCACAAGAUGGAAGCUGGGUUUGUUUCCUGAUGUUGUGCCUGAAGUCUGUGUGUGCCAAGUGGUGGUAUAUGCAAGGAGCUGCCCCCAUUUAACGCAACACCGGAAUAAUUCCUCCAAAUAAAUGUCUCCCUCUAAAAUGCAGAGAUGUGGUUAAGAAAGGCAGUUUGUUUGUGUGAUUGUCUCCUUUAAUGUGGCUUUUGGAGUGAAUAAGUGGCACAAGACUUUUAUGUUUAAUAGGUCUUCAGGGAGAAAGCUUAGAACUUGAAAAUGUCCUGUCUGACUUUAUAAUGUGUCGUCUUUUCUACUGAUGUGCCCUCUGAAUAUGGCAGCCACAGUUGGUAUAACCAAAACUGAGUUAUGGUAAAGUCAGAAGAUGGAGGAAUAAAUCACCCGUUUGAUGUCUGACGUUAAAAUAAAUUACAAACCAGUUGGAUUUUUGGUUUCCAAAUGUCCGGAAGGAAUUGCUCUGUAGGCGUGUAAAAUUGAACGUAAGAGCUUUAGAAACUGGGCUGAAAUCACUUUUAUCCAAAUUCAAAUGUGCCUCUUUCAAGUCUCCUCAAACCACCACUGUCAUUACACUGUAAGAACAGACCAGUGUUCAAGAUGAUAGAAGUGUUAUUUGGUACAUUAUUAUAACAGUAAAUCACAUCUGUACUAGUUUCUUCUUCGAGACAGCUGCGCUGUCUUAUUGUUUAUGUAAAGAAAUAAAUCAGUGAGUUGUGUGUAUCAUAAGUGUGUUGAAAGAGACAAUGAACCACACAUUUGGUUAGUUGUAAAUGCUACAGAUAUUACAGCAUUUCCCACUGAGCAUUAUUCAUUUUAAAUAAUGUUAUUGUGUUGUGAAUGUAUCUAAUGCAAAAACUCUAUACAAGCCCGUCUAAAAGACAGGCAUGUUGAAAUGUAAUGAUUAACUAUAUAUAGACUCUUUCUGAGGUCACAUAAGUACCAUGCUGAAACGGUGUUAAGACAUAUUAAAGUAUGUGUAUUGUUAUAUAGAUUUAUAUUUAAUGUCAGUGGGUGAUGUGACUACUUUUAAAAAAUUUCACUCUCAGAAAAGGUAGAGGAGAAUUGUACUUAUUGAAGUACAAAUGUACACCGUACAAGUACAUUACUGUACCAUUCCUUGCUAGUCAGUUUUUAUACCCCUAGCUUUGAAAGUACCCAAAGUGCCCAAAAUGCACCUAUAAAGAAUGGUAUAAUCAUUGGACAAAAUUGAGAAAAUCUGCACGCUAUCCUUUAUAGCAUUUUUUUUUUUCAUUUUUAACAUGAUCCCUCACCAGCUUCCCAGCCAUUGACACUGCCAACAGUGUUCAAUAGGGGCAAGUUAGAAGCACCAAUUACUGGGAUUGACCAGGGUUUAGGUGGGUGAAUGUUUUUUACACUUUACCACCUGGGCGCUGCAGUAAGUGUGCUACCUUAACUGUAGCAAUUGUACCUUAAGUUCACAUUAAAUUGGUAUAUGGUACACUUACGCAAUGUCUUUCCAAAUUAGAAUAUACUGUAAUUAGAAAUAAGAUUGACAGAGGUGUGUGACUUAGCAUAAAGACUGGAAACGGGGAAAUGGCUACCCUGGAACUGUCUAAAAGUGUCAAAAUCAUCAUCAAUGUUGAUAAAUGAUUCGAACAUCCCGCAAAGUUCACGCACAACUCUGCACAUCACCAGCGCAGCUGGUGCUCUGUCUCUGUCCCACUCCUGCCACACACACACACACACACACACACACACACACACACACUACGCCAUGCAUGCGCACUGUCGCCCCCUACCUUAAGGUGACAGUUUUGGAUUUACUAAAAUUAAAAGCUUUUCUCGUGUUUAUUUACAGGAUUAUAUGUUGAUAUUUAUAUCAUAAUGUAUAUUAACUUAUUGGGAGAAAACCGCUAGGCCUAUGUAAAAUUAGAGAUUGUGCACCACCAUAUAGCCCAAAUGGUGUGACAGCUCUGCGAGGAUUUGACUGUGAGAUUGGGAGUCUAGUCAGGCUCCUCUUAUCGAAUCUUCCACUAUUCGGGGUCACCCCUAGUCUAGAGUCACUCUAUUAAUUUUCGCAUCUGAAAAAUGUGGAGCAUUGCAAUGUGGGAUUGUUAGUAGAAACUAGUGUAUAUGCCAUGGACAAUACUUUUUUCCAUUGUAGAAUUUUUGAGAGCACUAUGUCGUGGAUACAUUUAAUUUAUGUAACUCCCACUUAAAAACACAAGUAGUCGUUUUUACAAUUUGGUUUUUAAAUAUAAAAUACAAAAUAUAUUGAAUUUACCUUUAGACUAUAGCUUAAUUGCCUCAAACCUAGUUUGUUAUUUCUGCACUGCAAUUCCUUGUUAUUUAUCUGCCAACAUUUACACCAAUAUAUCUGCAAAAUGAUAAUAUUAACAGAUUUAUCUGUCUCGCUUUUCUUUGGACUAGCCUUUUCCCCGUUUCCAAUCUUUAUGUUAAGCUAACUGUCCCCUGGUUCAAGCGUCAUAUGUACUGUACAGACAUGAGAGUGAGAUCAAACUUCUCAUCUAACCCUUGAAAGGAAUUGAAUAAGUUUCCCAAAAUGCUGAAGUAUUUGUUUAAACUAUAAUUUAUUUUUUAUCUAGCCUUCAUUGCAGAUCAAACAGUACGUUAUUGUACAUCUAAAGAAAUUUACUUUUUGGUACAGAGUUUCCCCAUUACCUGUUUUUAAGUGUAUUGAGCAGCUAGAUUUUCUCUAGUCUUUUAAAAAUUUGAACAGUAAUGUUCCUCUCCUGCUCGAUGAAACUGAUGAUUAGAACGUCCAGAAAGAUAAGUUUUUCUAAAUCUUAAGCUUUGAAAGACUAGCUUUGUCCAGCCAAGACAAAGAAAAAAAGUCCCUGUAGCCUUCGUCUCCUUCCCCAUCACGUCAUUAUGCCUUCAUUAACUUCUGUCCAGCUGGAAAAAAACAGAAUACUUGAUAAAUAAAUUGUGCCUCUUGAGGGCAUUUGAAUUUUAAAGUACAUUUAGAUGUAUGUAUCGACGCACAAGGCCGUUGUAGUUAGGGGAAUUGCGGUGUGGUGCGAGGAAAACAUGUUUUUACCUCUUUCCCUCUAACUCUGUGGUACUUGAUUUCCUUUAGGCCUCAUUGUAUUUUUCCCAUACGUCAUUUCUCUGGAAUAUGCAAAAUGCUCUGAUCAUUGUGUCCAGUGACCAGAUCCUUUAGCAUGUGGACAGUAAAUUCAGUCCUGAGCAUACUUCUGUUGCCCGGGGCACAAACAAAGGGCCUUAUUUCUCGAUCACUGUAUAAAGAUGUGAUAGCUGUGUAUGAAAGUGACAUGUACUAAUGGUAAGUUAAACUUUUUUUUAUCUGACUUAAAAAAAAAAAACACAGCAUGGAAAUAAAAAACUCAUUUAUACAUAGUUAAUAGUUUGUGUAGACCAACAAGAAAAAAAGAUAUAAUAUUAAAAUCAUUUGUAUACAAUGAUGGAGUCAUUGUUAAUGGUAAUAGUUGCCGUUGCUGUGGCAACAAAAUGACAACAUGGCUACCUUUCUAUUAUCCUAAUUGUGAUUUUUUUCACAUUCAUUGAAAUAACAUACAACACUAACUUAUUCAAAAAGGGAAUGUCUAAUUAGUUUGUCUUGUUAUUGCGACGUGAUUAAAUAUUUUCUAUGGAAAACUUAAAUCCUUGUAAUAUCCAAAGGUCCUUAGGGGAGAUCAGGUGUUUAGUUUGUUUUGUUUAUUUGACCUUAAUUGUUUGUUUUUUGUUCAUGUACAUGGUAUUUUUGAGAAAUAAGAAUGGACUUUGGCUUUUAAAGCUAACACCUAUCUGUCAGGGAGGUAAAGAGGCUUUUGGACUAAUUGAAAGAUCUUCAUCUUUUUCUGUAAAAUCAAACUCGUCGCUGUCCACCUCCUGCAGACUGGGCAGCCCUCACUCAGUUUUCUCUGUGUGGAGACGUGAGCUUUCAUUAGUGAGUUCUGUUUUUUCAGUUUUGGCCAAGAAGGUGGUCCAAAAGCCUCUUCCUGCCCAGCUGUGCUGGGUGAUGUCGAUCCUUGCUGAGGUGUAUACGAAUGUGUGACGUUCACCUUGUUUGCACUUAUGUACAUAACUAUGUCAAAAUACUCAAAAUUUAUUUUGAAUAAAUACAGAUAAAAGAGUUCAAAUCAAUGUUAUUGCUAAUGAUAUGAGUAUGUCUAUCAUUUUAUUACAUUAUAAAAAGAUUGCUUUGAGGGAUCUGUCCUUUUGUUUGUUUGCUGGAGCCCUGUUCUUUGCCAAGCAUGACAUUGCCUAGCUAUGAAUGAAUGAACCAUGAAUGGUUUGCUUUUAAAAAAGCUUCUUCUGUUCAUUUACUGGGGUAUUUUUGUUUCAGUAAUAUCUCAAACAAGAGAGGUGGACUAGAAGAAAUAGUCAGUCUGGAAUAUAUCUAAUAAACCAGUACUGACCUUCUCCUUUAAUGCUCAUCAUGAAUACACAAAUGCAGGUGCAUUCCUCUCUCCAGUAAUGCACCAAAAUAAAGCACAGAGUAGCUCCACCUGUAGGCUGAAAAGCAGUUAGGAAAAAAAGAGGAGCAGAGAGACUAUAGAGGGAUGUGGAUGUGACAUGUGUUCACAGGGUUUGAAUUCACUUUAAUUUAGUUUUUUGUGAAAAGGGUUAUUAUUUGCUCCCUUGUUGUCAUUAUUCAAAACAACAAUAAAUCUGAAUUCUCCUCAGGAUUUUAGUUAAAAUUGCAAACAACUGGGUUUUCCAAUGCUAUUCUUGCAGCAGCAGCAACGUCCUUACACAACAACGUCCCUUCAGAUUUGGACAUGUGAUGCUCUUCAAUUGCUAUUAAAGCCAUUGAUUUUGUUGCCAUGGCACUUGUCCUAGUGGUGGAUUGACUGAGUCAUCCUGGUGAAAAGAUUCACAGCCCUCUGACUCCACAUGUGGAGGGAAAGUACAUGUGGAGUGGACUUAACAUACUGUGGGUUUCCAGUCACCAACAUUUUGUUUUGAAAUUGAUUUAUUGCCACCCUUAAUUUUAAAAGAAAUGCAUUUGUAAUUGUGCCUUUAUCAUGCAAUGUGUAGUUUUCCUUUAUUAAAUUUAAAUUGACUUAAAACAGCACGUGUAUUAAGUGUGUGUAAAACUUAUCCCUUUAUUUAAAAUCCUUUGUUGGUGAGUCGUUAUUAAAUUGGGUACAACCGCAGACUGAAUGGCAACCUGUGGGAGAUGAUGAGGGCCAAAGACUGUUCAGGACUAAGCCAUAUGAAAAACUCUCUCUGACACUCUAGGACAGACUUGAAAGUGACUGCUGUUUCUUAGUCAUCUAUCGUUUCACUCUGUUUUCUGCUUGUGGUACUUGUAUGUGCUGCUGUGCUACACGCCAAUUUAUUUUGCAGUGUAUAGCUAUUAAGAGUAUGUUUCUGUGCCUAUGAUGAGUUCUGCGAUUUCUGUUUGACCUUUAAUAAAACACAUAACUGUGA